AUGGAGAAAGCCCUGUCACCUCUAGAUUUGAAGUGGGAGCGUAGAAGGAGUAAAAGCCAAAAGCACGUGCUGCGUCCGGAGUCUUUAGAGGGGACAGAUGAGGAGGACCCUGUCAGUGCCUUGGAGUGGGACCCUUUGUCAACCGACUAUUUACUAGUGUCUAACCUUCAUAACGGCAUCCGGCUGGUGGACAGCGAGGCCUUGGCCUGCAUCACGUCGUUCUGCUUCCCCUCAGCUGCCGCGUCCGUGCAGUGUUUGGCCUGGGUCCCGUCUGCGCCCGGCAUGUUCAUCACCGGAGACUCGCAGGUCGGCGUGCUGAGAGUGUGGAACGUGUCUCGCUCGACUCCGCUGGACAGUUUUCCAAUGAUAAAAAGUAGAUUUUCUGUGUAUCUGCUGUCUAAAAGCCCUCUUCUCUCUGCAGCUCAGAGCUCCUGCUCCCCCAGUAAGAGUCAGUACACCAGUUCCACCAGUGAGGCGGUCCCUCCCCCGACCCUGUCGCAGAACCGCUCCUUCUCUCUGCCUCCGGGCCACGCCGUCUGCUGCUUCAUGGACGGAGGCGUGGGGCUCUACGACAUGGGAGCCAAGAAGUGGGACUUCCUGCGAGACUUGGGUCACGUAGAAACCAUCUUCGACUGCAAAUUUAAGCCCGAUGAUCCCAACCUGCUCGCCACGGCCAGCUUCGAUGGAACCAUCAAGAUCUGGGACACAAACACUCUGACAGCUGUUUACACCUCGCCCGGAAACGAAGGAGUGGUCUACUCCCUGUCCUGGGCUCCGGGAGACCUGAACUGCAUCGCGGGGGCGACGUCCCGUAACGGAGCAUUCAUCUGGGACGUCAGGAAAGGAAAGAUCAUCACUCGCUUCAACGAGCACGGUAAAAACGGCAUUUUCUGCAUUUCCUGGAGCCACAAGGAUUCAAAGCGGAUCGCCACCUGCAGCGGAGACGGAUUCUGCAUCAUCCGGACCAUCGACGGUAAAAUCCUGCACAAGUACAAACACCCCGCCGCUGUGUUCGGCUGCGACUGGAGCCAGAACAACAAGGACAUGAUAGCGACGGGCUGCGAGGACAAGAACGUGCGCGUGUACUACCUCGCCACGAGCUCGGACCAGCCUCUGAAGGUGUUCACGGGGCACCUGGCCAAGGUGUUCCACGUUCGCUGGUCACCCCUCAGAGAGGGCAUCCUGUGCUCCGGCUCGGACGAUGGGCCGCUGCUCUGUGGAAAAGUAUCCAGAGACAUCAAGCAGGAGCUGGACAAGCUGAGCUUCGACAUCAGAGCCAAGAAGCUUCGCUGGUUCUCUGAAUGCUUUUCGCCUCCAGGUGGCAGCAGUAACCUGUGGGACCUGGUGUCAGUGAUUAACGGCCAGGACGACUCGCUGCUCCCAGCCAGCUACAGCAAAGGAGUGAUGCACAUGAAGCACCUGCUCAAGUUUAAAACCUCUGAAGCUCAGGAGCUGACCAUCGUGAAGAUGUCCAAAUUCGGAGGAGGAAUCGGAGCGCCGAGCAAAGAGGAGCGUCUGAAGGAAGCCGCAGAUAUCCAUCUGAGGCUGGGACAGACCCAACGAUACUGUGAGCUGAUGGUGGAGCUGGGACAGUGGGAGAAAGCGUUGUCUGUGGCGCCGGGAGUCUCCAUGAAGUACUGGAAGAAGCUCAUGCAGAGGAGAGCAGACCAGCUGAUGGCCGAGGAUAAUGACGACGCCAUCCCGUACUGCGUCGCCACGGGAGACAUCAAAAAACUGGUGACGUUCUUCAGUGGGAGAGGACAGCUGCUGGAGGCCUUACUGAUCGCACAGAAUAUGCUGCUGUUAUCACGCAGUCCUCAUGUCCACACUCACAGCAAACGUGCUUCCUGUCCGUCUGUCUCCAACAGCCCCCCGUCAGACUGUCAAAGAGACGAGUUCAGCUGCCUGCAGAGGAGAAUCCAGCCGAGCCACAAAGGUGCGUUGCUCCUCUGCGGUGCUGACUACGUGACGGGCUCCAACCUGCCGAGUCACUCAGACCUCCAGCUGUCCUGCUUCACCGGGCAGAGAAUACAGGGUCCGGUGUUUUUGCUGGAGGACAAUAAAUCAGCCAUCUCACUCAACGAUGCUUUAAUGUGGGCGAAGGUCAACCCCUUCUCCCCGCUGGGGACGGGACUCCGCAUCAACCCCUUUUAACACACACGAAGAAGAGGAAGACGUCACGGCGGCGAUGAGACAGAAACCAGCGGCUGAAGCUCAAACACUUUUUGCCAACUGCAGCUUCAGAGAAGCUCAAAGCUUUUGUAGAUUUUGAUAUUGGUCAGCUGUGACGUGAUGAGAAUGUAGCCAACCAAUCGUGCUUCAUGUGAGGAGCACUGGUGUUGAAUGUGUCGUACUGGGUAGGACUCCCACUUCCCACAAUGUGAUCAUGUACAUACAGGGUAUAAAUCUGAGGUCUUCUACUGUACAAAGAAAGCACUGGAAUAAAGACACCACUGAGUA